AUGGCUUCAGACACGGCUCCGGCGUUCCCGCAAGAGCUCAUCAACGUCAUCAUAGCGGCAGUCGACGAUACCCGGGCACUGAAAGCGUGCUCACUUGUCUCGCGGGGCUUCUGCGCUCCAGCGCAGGCACUCUUGUUCGAGUAUUUCGAGCUCUUGCCGUCCUCACGGUCCUGGCAGGACGACUGCCUUGCUCUUGCUAGCCUCGACGCGCUUCUGGCGACCUCCCCGCAUAUCAGUGACCAUGUCCGAAAUCUCACUAUUGACGCAGGUGGUCCCAACGAGGGCAUUCCUGCCUGGAUUACUGCAGACGAGUUGGCCCGGGUCCUUCUUCGCUUUCAGAAUCUGGUCACAGUCACUCUGGAUUCAGAGCUGCAGGGCGCCCGUCCCGCGGAAAGUGCACUCGACUGGUCAACACUUCCUGAGCCUGCACGGGCAGCGCUGGCUCGCACCCUAGCGCAGACGACAGUCACCGCGGUGGCCCUCCGCGGGCUCUGUUUUUCGAGUCUGCUGGAGCUGCACGCACUUCUAUGUCCGCCUGCCAGUGGUCGCCCACAACUGCGGGAGAUGUCUUUGUGCAACGUCAACUGCAGCCAAGCGCUGUUGAACGGGCACCAAGAGGAGUCCUUGAACAAGCUUCAACUCGAGCGAUUGCUCCUUAGCACUGAUGACGACGAAUUCGUGGAGUCUCUCCAGUCCUUGGUGCAAGUCCCAUGUCUUCAGCGCAUGCAGUUAGUUCUGCGAGACAAGGACUGUGAAGAAGUAAUGCAAUCCGUAUUUCUCCUUCAUACCCAUGCUCUCCGUCAGCUGAACAUCACCUUGGAGCACCAGGAGACCGAGACAUGCAACCUAGCCCUCGGCCAUCUCAAGAAGCUUGAAACACUGGAGAUCCAGCUGGAGUUGAUUACCGAUUUCAGAGUAGUCGACUACCACCCUGGUGAAUGGGUAGCUACCCUUCUCUCAUCCCUCGUCCACUCGAAAUGCGCGCUCGCCCGGCUCACUCUACAAAUCUUCGUUGGCCCAGAGCAUGUACAACACCCACUCGAGCCCAACAGCCUUGUCAGCACUCUCCAGCCAUUGGUGCCGCUCUUCCAUGCGUGGGUCGCGGCGCAGUUUACGCCUCUGCUUACUAUCCGCGUGGCGUCGUAUAACAUUUCCGAAAUCAGUACCGCCAAGGGUGCUGUUCUUGAAGUUAUCGGAGAGCUUGGUUUGGAGACGAAAGUGGAAUUGGUGCAAUGCUAG